AUGGAGGAGAGUGAGUGGGAUUUUUGCCUUGAUGAGCCACCAGAUGACCUUCUCAACAUUUUACUAGAGGAGAGUGAGUGGGAUUUUUGUCCUGAUGAGCCAUCAGAUGACCCUCUCAACAUUUUACUAGAGGAGAGUGAGUGGGAUUUUUGUCCUGAUGAGCCACCAGAUGACCCUCUCAACAUUUUAAUAGAGGAGAGUGAGUGGGAUUUGUGUCCUGAUGAGCCACCGGAUGACCAUCUAAACAUUUUAAUAGAGGAGAGUGAGUGGGAUUUGUGUCCUGAUGAGCCACCGGAUGACCAUCUAAACAUUUUAAUAGAGGAGAGUGAGUGGGAUUUGUGUCCUGAUGAGCCACCGGAUGACCCUCUCAACAUUUUAAUAGAGGAGAGUGAGUGGGAUUUGUGUCCUGAUGAGCCACCAGAUGACCCUCUCGACAUUUUAAUAGAGGAGAGUGAGUGGGAUUUUUGUCCUGAUGAGCCACCGGAUGACCAUCUAAACAUUUUAAUAGAGGAGAGUGAGUGGGAUUUGUGUCCUGAUGAGCCACUGGAUGACCCUCUCGACAUUUUAAUAGAGGAGAAUCGGUGGGAAUGCUGUCGUGCUAUACAAGUAAAUGACGUGCUUGAUAUUUUGCUGGUGGAGAGUCGGUGGGGGUUGUGUACUGAUGAGCCACCGGAUGACGUUCACGACAUUUUACUGGAGGAGGGUCAGUUGGAAUGCUGCAGUGCUAUACAAGUAGGUGUCGUUCUUGACAUUAAACCAAAGAAGAGGCAAAAACGAUUUCGAAAACAAAACGGAAACAAACUAUGUGAUGAAGAGAAGGACAUCGAUAGAUUUGGAAAAAGUGAUGUAAAACGUAGAGGUAAAAUCCCAAAUUGGCAAGAGGUAGUAUUUAGGAAAAACUAUCUGUUGAUUAUGGAAAAUAUUCGAGUUGACGAGAUCAUGGAUCACCUGUAUAGUGAAAAAGUUAUAGACUUAGUUGAGAUGGAUAAGAUGGUGUCUAAAUUAAAAUCAGAAGGCAAUCGAGAUGCCCUGAGAUACUUAAUGUAUACUCUCUUCAAUUCAAGUCACAUUGCAUUGCCGACAUUUAUUCAAUGUUUACAUCAAACUGGAUAUCAUCAACUUGCAGAACAUCUACAGAACGACAUGAACUCUAUAAAACCCAGCGUCUCAAAUUGCUCAGAGACAGAUGCCUCGUACAACCUCCGAUCCAAAAAAGGAAAAUUAUACUGA